AUGACUGUAGUGCGGAAGUUCUGCGAGGGGUGCGAUGCCGAUAGGUGCCUGGUGUGCCUGAUGCGGAUGAGGCCGUGCGACACGUGCGGCCAGACGGUCAGCAUUGGCCGGGUCCGUGAGGCCAUGGAUUCGGUAGCGGGUCGCGUAAGCCGAUGGAUGUUGGCCUCGUCUGAGCUCCCGGAGUACCGGUGUCCGGUGCGCGUGGAGGUUUACCAGCGGUGGAUCGCCUUCCUCAACUCGCCUGUCGCUAGUCCUGCCUCUGCUACUGCUGUUGCCUCUACCGAUGCUGCCGGAAGCAUGGCAACAGCGGCGGGGGUGCCCUCGACGAAAUCGGCGGGGGCGGGAGCAGAAGCGGCGGCGGGCUCGGUGUCGCCUGCGCCACAACAACGGCGACAGCCGGAGAAAACACCCCCCCCCGCGCGCCGCGUGACGGAGCCCCUCGGGGAGGGAGUCGGCUCCGAGAGCACGGAUGGAGCGGCAGCAGCAGCAGCAGCGGCAGGAGGAGGACGGGGCGAGGGAGGGGAAGGGAGAGAGUCGAGCGCGGACCGGCUAGCGAUAGGGGUGGAGGCAGAGGCGGCACAGCUCAGCCCGGCGGAUAAGUUUGGAGGCGGGGAGGCCGCGGACGCGGCUGUUGGUUGUGACGGGAGAGAAGAGAGUAAAGGAGGAGAAAGAGGCGCGGGUAGCGGGGGAGCGACAGGCGCGUCGGGGGAUGCUCCCAUCGGCAGGGCCCCCUUCGGAGAGGUGCAAUACAUGGAGUCUUUGAAGACGGCGAAUCUAGCAUCGGUGGAGGGUGUGAAGCUGUUCUUUUCCGGCUGGGUCGAGCCCGGGCUUGGUGCUGGCGGCGCGAGAGCAGGCAAAGAGGAGGAGAAUCAGGCUGGACCGAGGGGAAAGGGUAUUGCGGCCGGUGCUGCCGCCGCCGCCGUACCCACCGUCAGCCUGGAGGAGCAAAUGGCUGAGCUUCAGGAGGCCGAGAAACGGCAGCAGGCAGCCAAGACUGGACGGGCCUCAAGGCGGGCGGAGGGGGCGGAGGCGGAGCGGGAGGACAGGGAGAUGCAGGAUGCCGUCGCCAGGGAGGAAGCCGCGGCUCGCAGGAAGGAGGCCGCCGCCGCCGCUGCUCGGAGCAAGGCAGAGGCCGCCGCUGGAGAGGCCGCUCGCAUCGCCGAGGCUAAGGCCGCCACAGAAGCCAGAGCAAUGGCUGCGGCCGCCGAGCUCGCAGCAAGCGAGGCCGCGAAGAGGAGAGCUAAGGAGGAGGAGGAGGAGAAGGAGGAGGAGGAGAGAAAGGCCAAGAAAGACGCGGCAGCGACAGCGGCGCCCCCCGGCGCGAAGAGACAGGAGCGCAUUGUUGCCCCCGUGCCGGAGAGAGGGACGUCGGGAGCACGGGUGGCGACAGGGUUGUCGGAGGCAACGGCAGGCCCGCCGGCCAUGAAGGGUGGCGGCUCGGGAGGAGGCGGCGGGGGGGCAUCGCUCGUGGUGGACAUGUCGCUGGAGGUCCGGCUCAAGAAGGCCAUCGAACGCGGAAACGCGCUAGCGGUCCAGGCAAUCCACGACGAGGCGGACCAGACGCCCGGGGCCGACAUGAAGAAGAUCAAGAAGAAGUGCAAGAAGUGGCUCAACAAGAAGGAAGGGGAGAUGAGGGAGGAACAGCAGCGACUGCUCCAGGCCAACCAGCCCCCCCCUAACCCCGCACUGGGACUUCGGCAAGCCGGACCCGGCUUCGGUGUUCCUACGCCGCCGAUGGCGGCGCAGAGGCCUACUGAGUACGAGAUGUUCUGUCCGAACGUCAUCGCGGGGCAAGUAAUCGGAAGGGGCGGCCAGACGGUCAACAGGCUGAUGAAGGAGAGCAGGGCCAGGAUCGUUCUCAAGACCUACGCCGACAAGACCGGACACGACGUCGUCAUCACGGGCUCGCCCCAGGCCGUCCUGACCGGCAGGCGGCUGGUGGAGGAUUUCUACCGCUCCAAGGGCAUCGAACCCACCCUUCUUCAGCCCCCUUCCUCCGCCAUCGCCGCCGCCGCCGCCGCCGCCGCCGCUGCAGGCAGGCCCGGAGGCGUUGCCCCCCGCGCCCGCCUCCCGGACCCCAUGAUGCCCACCGAAGCCAUGAUCGGACACCUGGGGCGGGGGAGAACAAUGGCGGGAGCCGGACCGGCGGCGGCGGUGGGGAUGCGGGCGCCGAGCGGGGCGAUCCCGCAAGGCGCACGGCCGGUGGCGCAGCCGGUGGCGCAGCCGGUGAUGUUCGGGGGGGGUCACGGUGGCGGCGGCGGUGGUGGCGUCGACGUGAGCGGCGUCGAGCUCCCGCAGCUGCUGAGGGCGGCGCGGUGCGAGCACCACCUGGAGAGGUUCAAGCGAGACCAGCUGGACGGGGAGGUGCUGCUGGAGAUGGAGAGGCGGGAGUUCGACAGGAUGGGGGUCACCGAGGCGGAGCAGGGUCGCAUCAUGAGCGCCUUGAAGCAUGCCGGGGACGGUGGCGGCGGCGGUGGCGGUGGCGGCGGCGGCGGUGGUCCGGGCGCGGCAGGCAGACGCGAGAACUCGGCACAGAGGGUCGCGGCGGUCGUCAGGGGUGCUAGCGGCGUCAUGGCGACGCCGGUGGAGGUGGAGGAUGACGAUGAUGAUGAUGACUCGGACGGGUUGGACCCGGAUCACCCGGACACGUGCAAGAUUUGCAUGGACGCCCUUGUGGGGCUUCGGCUCGGAAUGUCCCGCGUCCUCGCUGCGCCGGCCGGGCGUGAAGCGUGUGUAAGCCGGUAGGCAGACAUUCAGAUGAGCUCGCCGUCAUCAGUGACAGAGAGCGCCUGUAGGAAACGAUAGAAGUGAGCGAGCGAGCGAGCGAGCGAGCGAUCGAAAGAGAGAGAGAGAGAGAGGGAGAGUUGUUCUCUCUGAGGCAUAGCCAUGGGCUAGGCUUCAGCCGCCUGCCGUACGCUCGUGGGUCCGAAUGCUUCUGGGGAAGGAUUUUCUGGCAUGUCAUAAAUUACCUACGGAGUCCAUGGCUUGGAGCGGUUGUUCGUGGGUACACUCGAGGGAAGGACAGCUAGGUAUAAAGCACCUCUCGCAUACACAAAGUAAAGGCCUCGCAGAAAAAGAAGUGAUAUGCGUAGUCCUGGAUCGGAGUUGCCCAGCGCAGAACGUGCAGCCUAUGAAGAAACUUAGGUUUUCCCCGGCGCUCGUUUCUUACUUGGUCUGUGAGCGACCAACGGCGACUAUCUACGUUUUAUUUUGUCGUAAUAGAGGACCGUUUUUUCGUUGAGCAUAUGUUCCUAUGGCGGAAGCUGUUAAAAUUCUCGUUGUGUGAGAGUGAAGUUGUUGACUCACUCCUCAGGUUCGUGAGUGGCUGUAUAAGGCAGGCAGGACAGCUGGGUUGGAAACUGCAAGAAGUGGUUGAUGUAUAGAACGUCGCCAAAACAAUCAACAGUGAGUGGCCGUUGUCGAAACCGUGGGUACUGUAGGUGGGGGCUGACUUACACCGGAUCAAGCUUCUUCGCGGGAGAUGUCACAGUCUAUCUGUCGGUGUC